UCAAUGAUCAGAAACUGUUACUGUUUCAGAGCGUGCGAGAACGUGCGUCCUCUCUCUCUCUAGACCUCCCCCAAUCCUUUCAUUCCCCUCGUCUUUCCCAAUCGAGGCAAUCGUCUCUUUCUCUCUCUAAAACCUCACUCUCUCUCUUUCUUUCAUCACCCCUCUCUCUCUCUACUUUUUCUUCCUAAACCAGAAAGGACCGGUCUUUUUCAACUUAAACCUAAACAACUGGAAAAUAUACAUCUAAGGUUCUCUCUCUAUAGUCAAAUAAUUGAAUUUCAACCCUCCAAUUUCUUCUAGCUACUUCUCUUCUCUCUCACUAUCUCUUGAAUUCUCAAAACUUAAAAGCUUUUGUUUCGUCAUAUCAAUUGUUGAUGAACUUGAAUUCUCAAGGUUUUUUUUUUCGGAAAGAAUUGUUGAACUGAAGUGAAAGCAAGAGAUGAGUCUCAGAGAAAGUUGAUUUCUCUCCGGAGCGAGAGUUGAAGUAUAUACUAGUUUUUGUAGGUUUGAGUUCUCAUGGAGGAUUUAUAUAGGCUUCAUUCUUCGAUUUCUUGUUCGGAUGAUAUUUCCGGAAUCGGAAAUUUUAAUCCGGCGAUGACGGGAGCUCUCGGUCCAGGGAGUACUAUGCUUCAAUUCGAAUCGGCGGCUGAAAUGGAGGUCACCGGAUCAGAGUCGAUGUCUGAUCUGAUCAAGGCUCAGAUCGCCAAUCAUCCUCUCUAUCCAAACCUAUUAUCUGCGUAUAUUGAAUGUCGAAAGGUUGGAGCAUCACCAGAAAUGGCUUCACUUCUUGAAGAAAUCAGCAGAGAAAGCCAUCCGAUCAGCUGUUGUCCCGAGAUCGGAGCGGAUCCUGAACUUGAUGAGUUUAUGGAAACGUAUUGUGCAGUUCUACGUAGAUACAAGGAGGAGAUAUCAAAGCCGUUUGAUGAAGCGACGACUUUCUUGAGCAACAUCGAAACACAGCUCAGUAACCUCUGCAGAGAAACGAUGACGGCGACGACGACCUCGCUGACCUCCGUAAACUGUCACUCUGAUGAUGCAGCUGGUACUUCAGAGGAGGAUCUAAGCUGUGGAGAGGUGGAAGCAGCCGAAAGUCAAGAAUCAUCCGGUGCCCGUCCUGGUGACCGGGAGCUGAAAGACAUGCUACUGCGCAAGUAUAGUGGUUAUCUUAGCAGUUUGAAAAAGGAAUUCUUGAAGAAAAGAAAGAAAGGUAAGCUACCCAAAGAUGCGAGGACUGUAUUGAUGGACUGGUGGAACACUCACUAUAGGUGGCCAUAUCCAACGGAAGAAGACAAGGCAAAGUUAUCAGAGGUCACUGGAUUAGACCAGAAGCAGAUCAAUAACUGGUUCAUAAACCAGAGAAAGCGGCAUUGGAAACCUUCUGAAGACAUGAGAUUCGCUCUCAUGGAAGGCGUCAGCAGUGGCAUUGGAGAACCUAUAUACUUUGACACCGUGGGAGGAGCUCGAAGUGUUGAUAUUUAAAAUGACUUUUUAUUCAGAUGAAGGAUUUAUUCUGUUCUUUUUCGUUUUACAUUCGUGUAAUUUACAUAUGGAAUUUGCAUGUAUAUAAAGGUGACUUUCAUUCCCUUGA